AUGACCACAGGAGGAGGAGGAGGAGACGAAGCAACAGCACAGCGUAUAUUACGUAUUACAGACAUUGCCCAAGAGCCGCUAGAAUUUCUUGCACCUAUCAGCGGUUAUGGAAAAAUGCCCCUAGUUCCUCUGGAAGAAGCAGUCGAACCACUUAUUUCUAUCCUACCAGACGUUCAGAGUCACGCUUAUGUCGCCAAACGAAGAUGUGAGAAUCCUGCCAAUGGACUGUCACGAGAUGAAUCUGCUUCAAUUAUGCUGUACACGAUGGGGUGGGAGCCACUCGAUGAAUGUCUAUAUUUCGUUUUGAAUGAUGCGUUAAGAUCACCAGAUCGACAACAAAAACUUAAACCAUGGUAUUUGUUUCUGAGACUCUUUCUUAGUGCACUCUUUCGUCUUCCACCACUUCCAAAAACUGCAUACAGAGGUAUUAAAUUAGAUCUGAGCAAGCGUUACAUUGAAGGAAAAACAAUUGUCUGGUGGGGUUUCUCAUCGUGCACAACUACUGUUGGUAUUCUAAAAUCUGAACUAUUUUUGGGAACGACAAGUGCUAGGACAAUGUUUACCAUACAAUGCCAAUCAGCUAGAGAUAUUCGUAAGCAUUCGUAUUACUCAGCUGAAGACGAAGUACUUCUUAUGGCUGCGACUCAAUUCAAAGUAAUUAGUUGUCUUAAUCAAGAUAAUCUUAACAUUAUUCAACUGGAAGAAACUCAUCCAUCAUAUCCACUCUUACAGUCAGUACCAGUUGAUAUUCCACCAUCGAUCAAUCCAAUUUUUCCAGGUAAGUGA